AAACGCUAUUAGACGGUCGUUCCAUUGAGUUAUGUAUACUUGGGUGAUUUUGCAUUUUGUAGAACACGAGAUUCUGGAAAAGCAAUGAAUAACAAAAUAUUUCAACGAGUGCAAACCAUUUAAUAUCUACUUAGUGAUAGACGGAAAACGAUUUAUUUUUCUCGUGCAAUGAUCAAACAUAUAUCAAGAUAAAGUCAUUAAACGGGACGAAACGUUUGUACAAUAGAGAAACGGAAGAUCGAGCGCGAUUAUUGAAUUCUGCAGAUAUAUGCUUACGUCGACGCUGCGGUAAUUCUCAGUAACUCUCGACGUGUAAAAACAUUUGUUGAUUUGCGUGUGUUAUCCGGAAUAAUGAUUCUUUGUUAUGUAAAUUAUACAUAAGAAAAUGCUAUGGUGGAGAAAAAGUGUAUGAAAUCCUCUCAAUCUUUAGCAACGGAUGGUGGCACUCAAAAAUGACUGACUCUACCUCCGCCGCCUCUACUGUCAUCAGAAUAAUCAGCAACAUAGUGACUUUAUUGAAAUGUGUCGCACGGACGGCAUUUGUGAUAUUAAACAACGUCUAUUGCAUACCUACUUAUGUAGUAUGGAUGAUGUUAUUGUUUCCUGUAAAAAUAUAUCAACCUCAAGUUUAUUGGCGAAUCGAAGGCUUAUUUUUCCACUGGUUGUUGGCGAUGGUGUCGAUGUGGACUUGGUCUGCAGGUUACGACAUAAUAGAGCAAGGUGAUGACAUACAGAAGAUUAUUAGUGAAAAAACGUUAGUUAUAGCGAAUCAUCAGAGCACUGGUGAUGUUCCUAUAUUAAUGACAACAUUUAACGCCAAACCAAAUGUUUUACCUAAUUUAAUGUGGAUAAUGGAUAGAGUGUUCAAAUUUACUAAUUUUGGGAUAGUUUCUAUACUACAUCAAGAUUUUUUCAUUGUAUCGGGACGUAAACGAAGGGAUGAAAGUUUAAAACAAUUACAAAAGCAUCUCAAAGAUUCUUAUAUACCACGAGACAGAAAAUGGAUGGUACUCUUUCCGGAAGGGGGCUUUCUGUGCAAGAGACGGGAAACUUCACAAAAGUAUGCUAAGAAGAAUAAUCUGCCAAUUCUUGAAAAUGUGACUCUACCAAGAGUAGGAGCGAUGCAGACGAUUUUUGAUACCCUCGGACCAGCAGAGAGUAGAGAUGCAGAAGAUCGAUACUUGAAUAGUCGACCAAAUUUGAUGAUAGUUAAUCCAGAAAUUACGUGGGUUCUCGAUAUAACAAUAGCGUACCCUCAAGGUAAACCACUCGAUUUACCUACUAUUAUAACUGGUUCGAGAUCUCCAUGUGAGACGGUAUUGUUUUAUCGACUUUUCCCUAGUUCAAUGGUUCCUCGCGAGCCGGAACAAUUAUCCAAAUGGUUGUAUGACAGAUGGGUAGAGAAAGAGGUACUAUUGGAACAUUUUUAUAAACAUGGAACAUUUCUGGGCACAAACGAAUCGAACAGAGGCGGUUCCAAAGUACACCAGGAUCCAUUAAGAUUCCUAGUCCUUCAUUUAUUCUUCAUCACGUCUAGUUAUAUACAUUAUAGCAUGCUUACGUACGUGCUAUCUUGCUUUUGGUAAAAUAUUUUUUUAUAUUGUAUGCAACGCACGAUGGUCCGGUUUAAAGAAGAAAAUCACACUAAACGAAGUAAGAUAUCCUUGCCUUAAACAACCAUUUUGAUGUUUAUGAGAAUAAUUCUAAUGAAUGUACAGAUUAUUAAAUUCGGCAAAUAUGCCUACAUUACGAGUCAUUUGUAACAUUUAUUUUAUUUAAUGCAACAUUUGCAAAUAGUUAUGGUAUUUACGAAUGAUACUUGUGUUUUGUGUUAAAACUAAUAUAAAAUUAACAUAUUUUUAAACGUGAUUUUAAAUUAUUAAUACAUUUUACGUUUAACAAAAUAAAUAUAAUUUUUUCUAUAAUUUUCAUGCUGUAUAGCUUUAAAAUUUUUAUCAUGCUAUGUAUUUUCCAUACUGUAUAUAGUAUAAGUUACGUAACUAAUCUGUUUUUAUAUAAAUCAACGUUCGUGAACUUCGAAUUUGACGAUAACGGAACAUUUUUAGAACGAAAUCGUUGGUGACGCCAAUUUAUAGAUUUAUUUUCCUCACUUUAGAUAGUAUUGUAGGAUAUACAAAUAUUUAAUUGUAAAUUUAGAUAAAAUACACAUAAGAAUAAACAUUUUAUCCGUAAUAUCAAGUAUUAUGUAAUCUCUUUUGUAGAGAUUGCGUAAUGCUUUUUGCCGUAAGUUCUUGAGAAUACAAAAAUAGUGUUUAGAUUUUAUAUCGAUAUUAGAUGAUUUCACAGUUCUUAAUUUACACAAUCCUAUCAUAUAUUGCAUAAUAAAUACUAUCCGGUUUUAUAGAUUAAAUUAAGUACGAUAAUUCACGUUAACUUUUAUUACCUUCAUCAAUGUGUAAAUGUAUUUACACAUACCUGAUACUUGGUAGCAAUGUAACAAUAUCUUUGUAAUAUAGCAUUGUGUGUCUUAUGUAAGUUGAUUAUAAAAUGAUAUAUAUUCUAUAUCGACAUACAAUAGAUGAAAGGGAUUUUUGCAGUUGAAUCUUUUAAAAAGGUAUCAAUUUAUUUUUUGUGAUAUAAUAGCAAAGGAUAUUUUACAAAGAAAAUAACAUCCAUUCUAUAAAAAUAAUUUUUUAACAUUACAUUAGGAAUUUUGUAAUGAUAAGUUUGUAACUUUUAGUGAUAUAUAAAUUAGAAUUAGAUUAAUGGAAAAACAUAAUUGUUUUAAAACUGAAAAUAAAUGAAAAAGGAUAUUGUACCAGAUGUGUAUGAAAUAA